AUGAGGUUACCAUCUCGUUCCUCUGCGCCGAUCUUGCGCAUCGCGAACGGCACUUUCUACCGCCGUCAUCCGAACGUUCAAUCGACGCACCCUAACCCCCCGCUGUUCAGUGAAUUGAGCUUCGAACUGCCGUCGACGGCCCAAGGCCCCAAGAAGCACUGGUGCAUUGUCGGCCCGUCUCUAUCUGGCAAGACGACGCUGCUGCAGGUCAUCAGGGGCCAGCACCUCGCCAUCCCUCCUGCGUCGAGGUCGUACCCGUACCUCUCGAGCGAGGACGUUCCCCCGCGGCUGCGGACGGCGAGCAAGGCGAUACAGUAUGUUGGGUUUGACGGCGAGCAAGGGGCGGGGAUCGGCGGACCGACUACGAGCGCGUACCUUGCCGCCAGGUACGAAUCGAGGAGAGAAAAUACGGAUUACUCGCUACGGGACUUUUUGCUGGGGAACCUCGAGCAGAACACGCUUGAAAGGGAACUGAGACAAAAGGACGAGGGGGAGAUACCCAAGGAGCUGUUGGAGAGGGUCGUGAAGGACCUUCGACUGGACCAGCUGCUCGACCUGCCCGUCGCCUUCUUGAGCAACGGCCAGGGGAGGAGGGCGCGCAUCGCGAGGGCGCUGCUUACGACGCCCGAGGUGCUGCUCCUGGACGAGCCGUUCAUGGGUCUUGAUCCGCCUACUGUGGCGUCGUUGAGUCCCUUGCUACAGAGCUUGGCAGAGAAGCAGAGCCCUCGUCUGGUGCUCUCCGUCAGGCCGCAGGAUCCUUUGCCUGACUGGAUUACGCAUUUGAUUUACCUACGGAGCGACUGCCAGAUAGGCUCUAUGGGACCCAAAGAUAUCGUGUUGGAAGGGUUGAGGAAAUAUGUCAGAGGCGUGUGGAAGGGCGGUCUCGUGGAGGAUGAGAAGUUGCCGGUGCAUUCUCUAGUAGAGAUGGGCAAGACUCUGACAGCAAAGGGCAUCCAGGGCGACGGGCUUAUGGAAGCCUCGGAGAAGGAGAAGCAUGUUGCCGCUACGGCGACUACAGAUGAUGCUGCUGCUGCUGCUGCUGAAACGCCUGUUGGGGAGCCUCUUGUUGAGAUGGAUGGCUGUCAGGUCAGGUAUGGUAGCAAGAUUGCCCUCGGGAACUGGUCUCAAGAUACGCCUUCUGGAUCCAAGGAUGGGCUGAUUUGGACGGUACGCAGAGGACAGCGAUGGGGAGUCUUUGGCCCGAACGGUUCGGGCAAGACUACCAUCGUUUCUCUCCUCUGCUCCGAUCACCCUCAGACGUACUCUUUGCCGAUCAAGCUGUUUGGUAGAAGCAGACUGCCUGAGCCUGGCUCGGGCCAGAGGCCACUUACGUUCUGGGACAUCCAGUCACGGAUCGGUCACUCUAGUCCCGAGGUUCAUCAGCACAUGCCUCGUUCCCUGACAGUGCGGCAGGUUUUGGAGAAUGCGUGGGCAGAUACGUUCAAGGCGGUUCCCAAGCUCGACGAUGAGGCAAGGGGCAAGGUCGAGGCAUCUCUACGAUGGUUCGCGCCGGAGUUGAACCCGGAAUACCAAAACUCACCCAACAAGGGCGAUGAUCUGGCCUGGGCUGAUUUCCACCUCUUCGGCGGCCUCUCUUUCAGUGCUCAACGUAUCGCGUUGUUGCUGCGCGCCGCCAUCAAGAACCCCGACGUGGUCGUCCUCGACGAAGCGUUCAGCGGCAUGGACGACGCCGUUCGAGACAAGUGCAUGCUCUUCCUAGCCAAGGGCGAGGAGAAGACGUACAGCGGCGAGCGGAUUGUGGAUAGCGAGAUCGCCAAGGCGGGAAACGUGAGGGUCAAGGGCCUCACUGAUCAGCAAGCGCUGAUCUGCAUCAGUCACAUCAAGGAGGAGGUCCCGGAUUGCGUGCGAGAGUGGAUCUGCCUGCCCGAAGCGAACGAGGGUCUGCCGGCGAGGUUUGGACGGUUCGAUGGGCCGUUGAGGACAGACGACAAGCGUUGGAGGGAGCUCUGGGGAGUAUAA